AUGUUCACACCGAACGGGCACAGCAGCAGUGACAAAUCAAUAUCCUCCGAAAAGAUCUUUGUCGCUGCUAGCAGCACAAGCGGAGGGGACAUUUUUGGCACGUUGCAAACCUCUGUGACCACUACCACCCAGACCGCUACAAAAGCUGCGCCUCAUCAUGAGCCUCUGUUUGGAGCCCCAAGCAAGCCAUCCGGUCUUUCAGUUACUUUUCCUAUAAGUAAGCCUUUUGGGGAGUUCGCUGCGAAUGACUCUAAGCCUUUCCCCUCCACUAGUGAUGACACGUAUUCCAGCCCGAAUAACUUUGUGAGCGGCACAACACCCCCCGGAACCACUCCCAACACCAACGACAUGGGGCUGUUUGAUAAGUCUCUGCUCAGGGCGGCCUUGGAAUGCAUUGGUGCCAAUUUUAUGAACCAUUAUGUUGUUCAGCACGGUAUCGAGUCGGCGUCGGUAGGCAAAGACCUUUUCAGGAUUGACGAUAUCCCCAUUGACUUCAGAAGCCCUCAGCCGGUCGAAUAUUUUGACAAGAUUAUCGAACGCAGUCAGGUUGGCGUCGUUUAA